CCCAUCCAGUAAGUAACGCCACUGAAUAACUAAUCUAAAAAAUCUGUUUCCAAUGCGCACCACAAUCUUAAAUUCAUUAUUCAAUCCCAUAUCUCAUUCUGUAGUCCAGUACAUAGUACAUUUCCACUAUUUCCAGUUCCAGUAUAUCGCGGUAUUUCAUUGAGUGAAGGUCGACAAUAUUCUUUUGAAAACAUGGUUAUUGAAGACGACAAAUACGUUAUUCACGGAGAUAAAUCUUCAAUUCCGGUACCGCAAGAACUGUUGGGAGAAUUCAUUUUUGACAGUUUGUUAAACACGCAUGUGGAGUACGAUGCUUUGGUGGACGCCUUCACUGGAAAAUCCAUCUCCUACCAGCAAAUUCUGAAAGACACCUGUAACUUAAGCGAAGCCUUACAACAAUUCGGCUGCAAUUCUGAUACAAUUAUAUCAGUAUGCAGCGAAAACAGCUUAAAUUUCUUCACACCAGUCAUAGCCAGUCUAUAUUUGGGAGCUACAGUCGCUCCUAUUAACCACUUUUACACAGAACAUGAAUUAAACCAUGUACUAAAUCUGUAUCGACCAAAAGUCGUAUUUUGCUCGAUAGAAACUAUUGAAAAAUUUCUUAACCUAAAACUGAAAAUGGACUUUUUGGAAAAAAUUAUUCUGAUUGAUGAAGACACAAAUCGUUUUGAUGUUGAAAACAUUUCGGCGUUCGUCAAUAGACAACUACAAGGAAAAUUAGUGAAUCCUAAAACGUUUAGGCCUUUUACGGGUGCAAAUCCUUGCGAUAACGUUUCGUUUAUUAUGAGUUCAUCCGGAACUACAGGACUUCCUAAAGGUGUAAUGCUGACUGACAGGAAUAUAUUAAUAAGAGUUGUCCAUUCAAAGGAUCCACUAAUUACUACUAGACCGAUCUAUGGAAACACAGUUUUAGGUCUUAUGCCAUUCUUCCAUGGAUUUGGACUCAAUGUAACACUAAAUUCAAUUCUCAAUAAAGAAAAGGUAGUGGUUUUUAAGAAAUUCGACGAAGAUGUAUUUUUAAAAACUAUACAAGAUUUUAAAAUAAGUACCGUAGCUAUAGCUCCAACAUUGGCUACGUUUCUGGCUAAAAGUCCAAAAGUAAAAAAAUAUAACCUAUCUUGUAUUGAAGAAAUUAUCUGUGGAGCUGCACCAAUGUCAAAGGAACUGGAAAAUGUGCUAAAGAAAAGACUGAACGUUUCUCAAAUUAGACAAGCAUACGGACUUACGGAAUGCAACCUGGCGGUUACAAUGAUGAAACGGUCGGAUCUCUUGAAACCCGGUUCCAGUGGUUUAGUCAUAUCUAUGAUGUCGAUUAAAGUGCGAGAUCCUGAAACCGGACGGUCUCUAGGUCCAAACCAAGUUGGAGAAAUAUGUAUAAAAGGUCCCAUGGUCAUGAAAGGCUACUAUAAAAAUCCUCAAGCUACCAAAGAAACAUUCACUGAAGAUGGAUGGUUAAAAAGUGGAGAUUUAGGUUACUACGAUGAGGAUAAAUAUUUUUUCAUUGUCGAUAGAUUGAAAGAACUUAUAAAGUACAAAGGAUAUCAGGUUGCUCCCGCAGAGCUAGAAGCAAUCCUACUAAACCAUCCCAAAGUUCUCGACGUAGGAGUCGUUGGAGCACCUGAUGAGGUUGCAGGAGAACUACCUUUAGCUUUUGUAGCUAAAAAACCAGGAGUAGACGUUACCGAACAAGAACUUGUAGAAGCUGUAGCAAAAAUAGUAUCUCCGCAGAAAAGGCUAAGAGGUGGAGUUGUUUUCGUAGAAGCAAUCCCAAAAAAUGCAAGUGGAAAAAUUUUAAGAAGAGAACUAAGAAAAAGAAUACCACAUUCAAAAAUUAAUAGAGAGUCAAAAUUGUAAAUACUGUUAUUAAGAAUAAAAAUCUGAUGUGUCCAACACCUGACU